AUGAGCUCUGCACAUCCUCACCUUCUCUCUAAUGCUGCAGGUAUCUACAAACGAAACGGCUUUGGGAGCUUUGAUAGUGAACGGCUGGCUAUUGCUAGGCAAAGAAUCCCGUACCGACUCGGUCGGGUAGUUGACGAGUGGCUACUCGACAAAGGUCGGCAGCUGACGAUCUUCAACAGCCAGGCGUUCAUUAAGGUGGGCGGCGGUGAGAAGGGCCGUAACUUCCAGGGUCAGAUCUCGGGUCUGUACUAUAACGGCCUGCAGGUGCUGAAGCUGGCGGCGGAGGGCGACCCGAACGUGCAGGUGCAGGGGAACCUGCGUCUGGUGGGAGACGUGCCCUCCGUCAUGAGCACCUGUCUGUCUGUCUGUCUGCAGAAUACUGACGAUCUGUUAGUAGCGUCAGCAGAAUGUCCGAGUGAUGAUGAAGAUCUCGAGGAGUGUGAGCCUGGAAACGGAGGUGAACUAGUGUUGCCAAUUAUAACUGUGGAUUCCCUUGAGCCCCCAUCAAUUGUGACACUUUACCCCGUUAUUCCCCCGCCCCCAACCUAUCGCCCCUUCCUCACCUUGCUCGAGACCACCAAAGAGUCUCUCCCCUUGCCCGGUCGGCCCCCCUGUCCGCUGGACCAGGAGGACUGUGAAGAGCCCAUAGAGGUCUCGGCCUACGGCUCGGGCGAGAUGACGGAGUCCGACGAUGAGGAUUACUAUAAAAACUACCCCCUUGUCACUGACCGGACCGUACUCCCCCCUCCCCCCGCGGCCGGGAACCCCCGAGGUGACCGGCCAUUCGCCCGUUUGCCCAACUCCCAUCGGCCGCCACUCCCAUUCACCCCCACGGCCCCCCCAGUGCCCCGACUCAAACCUGGCAUCAACAGUGGCCCCAAAAUCCCUGCGGGUAAAAUGAACACCCGUGACCAGGUGCUGCUGCCACCCGUACAGCCGUCGGGCGACCCUGAACACGGCGGGCGGCAUCGACACAUCCCAGGUAUAACAUAUCCUCCCAAUUUCCCCCAUGUGCCCACUACAGACCCCUCAUCACCAGACCGAGGGCCUCCAGGAGCGGUGGAGGUGAUCCGAGAGUCCAGUAGCACGACAGGCAUGGUGGUGGGCAUCGUGGCCGCGGCCGCUCUCUGCAUCCUCAUCCUGCUCUAUGCUAUGUACAAGUACCGCAACCGCGAUGAAGGCUCCUACCAGGUGGACCAGAGCCGCAAUUACAUUAGCAAUUCAGCCACGCAAAGCAACGGCACCCUAGUGAAGGAGAAGCAGCCUGGCGCAACCAAGACGGGCACAAAGAGCAAGAAGAACAAAGACAAGGAGUAUUAUGUCUGAGCUCGGCCUCCGGAGGGACCGAUGCGGAAGCGAGGGGGAGAAGGAGAGAGAUAGGAUGAGGAAUGGAAAGGGAGGUCCAGGUAUUUGUUGGCAGUUUACCGGUCACACUUAGAGUUCUGACAUCAGUCUUCUUUAAUUUCCUGUCUUGUCUAGCGGUUGGCCUCAUUUCUAGCAAGACCUAAAGAGUUCAAAAGCAUCUAGGGUUUGGAAACAUCCCCGCCCUCAUUUCCAUUUUUGAUAGCCAAUCCCUAUUACAAAAAGAAACUCUCCAAAACUUUUGUAUUGAAGAAAAGUGGAUUUUUCCUCACAUGUAAUUGUACGCUCAAGUUUGGUCUUUGUAAAUACUAUGUGAGUCCUCAAUAUUCAGAUCAUCUCCUAACCUGAUGUCGAAACCCCCGUGUAUGCCAGGGUGCUUGUGCGAUCCAUUGUUGCUCCAUCAGAGCAUUGGAUGUGGUUGAGAAUCGUUUGGGAACGAGAGCAGUUCAGUUGGAACGGCUUGGCAUAGGUGACAUUUCAGGAACAGAUGGUGCCGAAAACGUUUAGCAGUCACACUCCUCCGUAAUACUGCCAAACCAGCUCUGUGUCAAAUCCGUCUCCCUCUCUUUCCAAGUGCUUCACAUUUCCAUCCUCCGCUCCCAUCAUCCCUCUCGUUCUCUCUUUCCCCGCACCCUUUCUUGGUUUGGUCUCUUUUUCUCCUUGUCCUUGGUGCUCAGGAGCAGAUGCAACGUGAUUCUGUUGUGUUUCCAGCAUGAAAAGAGACAAAAACUGUUUCUAUGGAGUCAAAUAAAUAUAUAGCUAUAUCUCAAACCGUUACAACUAGCGAAACAUCUGUGGAUGAUCCCUUCAGCCGCCUGAACUCCCGGAGGCCCACAGUAACCCCACGUUCCAGCAAAUAUUCGUCAUGUGUUUUUGGGGUUCCACUGGGCUGUCCUGGACCUGCUGAGGAUCUUGGUUUCUGCUCCACAUUCAAGAACCUGAAACCCCCAACAGCAAAUAGAUAAUAUUCAUAUACAGAUAUUUGAAAAGACAAAGGGACACAAGCGUCUGGAAGUCAAGACCAACAUCACGUCAACAAACCAUAUCAGUGGAAACAGCAGAGCAGGAUGCUAGGAUGUCUUUUGUUUUGUUUUCUAUGUAUGUGUGCGUGCUUUCUUUUAUAUUUUGUCACGUCAAAGGGAAAAGACAAUAAUGUUCCAGUUAAUGUACAUUCCACGUAGGGAACGUGAACUCUCCUGCGUUUUUGACCACGUUCUCUCAGGAGGAAAGUAGGGAUAAACUCUGCACAUUUAAUGGAACGGACUCUCUUGAAAGAAAGACGAAAUGGCCUGUUACUUUGAAGAUGUACAUCUUGAACUCUAGUAUUCUAAUUUUCUCAACUCUAUUAAAAGAACUAAACUCUGCAUUGAAAAGAAAAUGUUUAAAACCGUUUGUGAAAUGUCUAAAUAUUUGAAUCUCACCCCAGUGCUAAAAGAGAUGUUUUUCCUAAUUAUCAUCCCUAAGAAAAAGAAAGCAAGUGCAAUGAAAUGCAAAGAUCAGUGAAUCGGAUUCCAGAAAGCAGAUGCUCUUUUGAAUAUUAAACAGCAAAAUGUGAUUUGGUUUACAAGAGAACAUUUCCUUUACCAGGCGGGAGAGUAUCUCCUUGUAUCCAGAAGACUUUGAUCAUUGACGCCAUCCUCCGUUUAACAUGUUGCUCGCUUUACCCAGCGUGUGGAGGGCUGUUCAUUCUCCAUACUCACUCAACGAGGACCAGACUUCAUCAUCAUUUGAUUUCACUCUUCCAUCUCUGUGUUUGCGUGAGCGUUUGUGCGCUUGUUUGUCUGUGUGAAUGUGUUUCCAUUAUUUCCAUUCCUGUUCAGGUUUGUCGGUUGCGUUUCUCCUCAGCUCCCUUGUUCUUUCUAAAUGUUAUUGUAGAGUGUUCCAGUGAGAUGAAUCUGCAUACGUGUAUAUUAACAUAAGGGAAUACAAUUGGUUAUAUACUUCUUACACCCCGUGUCAUGUGCUUAUUUCAGAUUCACACUUUUCUUCCAGAAUAAUCUUCCUCACUUCAGCUCGACACAAACACUUUGAGAGUG